CUGUCACUGUUAUUUAUUAUUUUUUGUGUUUUUGUUUGUAAUUUAUGUUGAUAUAUAUUUGGUAAGCCGGAUGAGACUUUUAUUUUGAAACCUCCGCUAAGCUGCUAAAUGCCAGUGAAACAAAGAACAAGCCAGAAGCAUGCAAGCAUGGCAUGCAUUGCUGAUGAGUUUAAGGUCACGCUUUAAGUGAUUUAAAGUGAACAGUUAAAGAAAUGUUGAAGAUAAGAAGGCAUCAAGAUAAUUUCCUUUCAUAGCAUGCAGCCAACGAGUUUUCACGGUUUGACUUGGAGAAGAUUUCAUUAAAACCAGUAAAAGGAAACCACUUGUGUCUGCCUGUGCUUGAGAGGGAAUUAUAGUGAAAACUCGGACUGUUCAUUGACGUGAGUGGAUGAUGUAGCAAACUGAAGGACUAGCGAGCUAAGCUUAACGUGGUGGCUACGGUGCAUGGAAUGGUCGUCGAGGAACUAGCAGAUGAGCAGAAAGCAUACACUUGUAACAAGUAAAUUAAACACACAUUGACUGAAAGAGCAACGUUUCAAUUCAAAGCCAUAAAGACUUGGACACUAAUAAGAGUGGGCUAAGAAAGGUGCUUUAUAAUAGGUUGCUGUUAAAGUUCAUGUGAGUAAAAGUUGAUUUAAUUAUAGUGAUAUGUGUUGUAAUUGCAACUUUUCUGCUUAGCCAAAGUUUAACUUAACUGAUGUUUGCCAUGUAGUUUAUGUUCCCAUUUAAUGCUAUAUGCCAGUUAAAGGUGUGUUUUGGUAAUAUUAAGUGAAUGUUAUUUGCCCUUUCAUAUGAAUUCUCUAGAGGUGUUUAAGUGAACUGAUAUUUUGUUUAUAGAUGUUCAAGUUUCUAAGUGCCUCUUUUAAAACACUUCAGUAAAAUUGCAUUGAUAGUUACAUCUUACCAUAACAAUUUUAUUUCCAAAACAUAUACACUUACAUUUAUAUUUAUAUCAUUUAUAUUUAGUAGGUGGUAACAGUUAGUGCUGACAUUAGCUUAGAUACAUUUUCUGUUUAAGUUAUAUUUAAAGUACAUUUAUUUUGACAUUUAUGCAGCUACUUUAAGAAACAUUUUCAAGUAUGGCUGAGUCUAGUGAGUCUACAACUCAGGUAAGGGACAGUGUUAGGGAUGAUACAGGUCAAGACCCUUCAGAAUCUCAAGUGGGUAAUGCUGAAGUCCAGCAAGAGGAUGUAGAGCAGCCAAGACGUGGUGAACGAACACGUACUCUAACAGAGAAGGGUAAAGAACUGCAAGACAACAAAAUCAAAGCACUUCAACGAAAGUUCAAUUAUAUUUACAGCAAAUGGAAAACACAAGUUAAAUGCUCUAAACAGCCAUUAUCACAAUCAUCAGAGCCUUUAUCUGAUACUCUCCUUAAUGAUGUUAUUCGUGAUGUCAGACGCCUCUUUGCAGAUAUCCAGCGAGUGUAUGAAGAACUGCGUCGUGUCUCAACUCCAGAUCAAGACACACGCCGGAGAAUGGACCGGUGUGCAGAGAUUUCAAACUUCAUUGUUUCCAGAGCCUCAAGUUGUCUGAGUGGAAAUGUUCCAGAAGAAGAACAGCAUGAUUGGCCAGAAGCAGGUUCUCUUUGGAGCUGUACAGAAAGUGAGGUUAGUUCUGUCUCCUCAAUCUUGAAAACUGCAUCAGAGCAAUCAAGCAAAUCCUCUGUGAAACGCCAAGAUGCUGCUGCUGAUGCUGCCGCAAGCCAAGCUGUUCUGAAAGUGUUGCAAGAACAAGAAAGAGAGCAAUUGGAAAUGCAGUGCCUAGAGGCAGAAGCUAAAAGGAAGAUAGCGGCCCAAGAGGCAGCAGUUGUAAAGCGCCGUCUAGAAUUAGAAGCAGAAGAGGUGAAGAGAAGAAUAAAGAAAGAGGAAGAGGAAGCUGAAAUGAGAGCUCAACUAGAGGAAGAACAUGCAGCUCUUCAAAGGGCUCUGGAGGAAAAACGGAGAAAGAUAAAGCAUUUGGAGGCGAUGAAAGAGCUCAGUGCAGCUCAGGCAAGAAUGCAGGUGUAUGAUCAGGGGUUGGCCAUAAAGGAAGAGCCGAAAGACGUACUAAGCCAUCAGAAGGUUGCAGUUUCCACAAGCCGUCUGCCCCCGUGUGUAUCUUCUGUCUCACAAGCUGUGACAAUCUCCUCAAAUGAAAGUACAGCUGAGCUUGUUAAGCUACUGGCAGAUGCUUUAAAUGCCAACAGAAUUCCAGUUCCUGAACCUUCAAUAUUCAGUGGGGAUCCAUUGAAGUACAGUGACUGGAAACUCUCAUUUGAAACGCUCAUUGACCAGAAGAAUAUUCCAGACAAGGACAAGAUAUACUAUCUUCGAAGAUAUGUAAGUGGACAAGCUAAGACUGCACUUGAUGGUUAUUUCCUACUUGGAACCGAAUCUGCCUAUGUUGCUGCAUGGAAGAUUUUGGAAGAAAGAUACGGUAACCCAUUUACAAUAGCAAAGGCAUACAGAGACAAACUCCAAGCAUGGCCCAAGAUGGGAACUAAAGACAGCUUUGAGCUGAGAGAUUUUGUGGAUUUUCUCCGUAGUUGUGAGGCUGCCAUGGUCCACAUCCAGGCAUUGCAGAUCUUGAAUGACUGUAAUGAAAACAGAAAGAUUCUCUUAAAGUUACCUGAUUGGCUAACUGCAAGAUGGAACAGAAAAGUCAUUGAAAUAGAAGAACAGAGCAGCCUGUUCCCCUCCUUCAGCCAGUUUGUGAAGUUUCUGACUAAAGAAGUGAAAAUUGCCUGUAAUCCAGUUACAUCAUUGCAAUCACUAAAGCAAGGUGGUGAAACUGAUAUGCCAAAAUACCAAAGACGUCAAAAUGUUAAAGCAAAGACACUGAUUACAAGUUCAAAUGAAGAGACUGUCAAAACAUGCAUUUUCUGUAAGAAGUUUGGGCAUGCAUUGCACAAAUGCAGGAAAUUUGUGGAGAACCCAGUCACUGACAGAGUGAAAUUUGUUCAAGCUGAAAAGCUAUGCUUUGGUUGUCUUAAAUCUGGUCACUUCUCGAAGAGUUGCAACAGUAGAAAUGUUUGUGAACUGUGCCACAAGCGGCAUCCUACUUGUUUGCAUGAGGAGAGAAACAAGGAAGAACAAAGACUACCACGAACCAAACAAAAUCCAAGUCAAGAGAAAUCAAGUUCAACUCAAGAAAAGAACAAAGAAAGGCCUCAAGUAACACAACAUAAAGAAAUAAUCACAGUUGCCACUUCAAAUCGAGUAAUCCUUGAUGAAGCUAAUACACAGACCUCUGCAAUAAUUCCUGUUUGGCUUUCAUCUGCAACGCAACCAGCCCAAGAGCUCCUUGUAUAUGCUCUCUUGGAUUCUCAAAGCGACACAACGUUUGUUUUAAGUGAAGUAGCUGAAGCUUUGGAGGCUAGCAAAGAGCAAGUUAAUUUAAAACUCUCUACUAUGACCUCAAGAACUACAAUAGUGAGUUCUCAAAAAUUGAGCAACUUGCAAGUCCGUGGCUUUUAUUCUGGUAAGAAGAUCUCUUUACCACCAACAUAUACACGUGAAUUUAUCCCUGUUAACAGAACUCACAUACCAACUGAUGAAACUGCGAAGGCUUGGUCCCAUUUAGAACACCUCCAAGAAAAAGUAGCACCUUUGCAAGAUUGUGAAGUAGGUCUACUUAUUGGUUACAACUGCUCACAAGCCCUAUUGCCACGAGAAGUUGUGUCUGGCAAGGAAAAUCAACCUUAUGCACAGCGCACGGAUCUUGGAUGGAGUAUUGUUGGCCAUGGGAAUCCCUGUGUAGAUUAUGGAGAUGCCUUCGGAAUCAGCCAUCGGAUAGUAGUGAAACAAGUGACUCCAGGUGUUGAGCCCUCUGUCAAUCUUAAAACAGAAGUAUGCUAUGUGAAUAGAUCCAAAGUUAAAGAAAUUUCCCCUUUAGACAUCAUAAAGGUCCUCGAAUCAGAUUUCUCAGAAAGAGCUGGAGAAGAGGAUCCUGUGUCUCAGGAUGACAUCAAGUUCCUGUCAAAGAUGAGAGAAGGCAUAACACAAAAAGAUAAUGGACAUUAUGAAAUGCCAUUACCGUUUAAAAAGGAAAGACCAAAACUACCAAACAAUAAGAUAUGUGCAAUACAUCGCUUAAAUUGUCUUGAAAGGAGGCUAAAAAGGAAUGAAACAUACUACAAAGACUAUGUCAACUUUAUGGAUGACAUCAUUUCACGUGGUGACGCAGAGAAGGUCCCUGAGGAAGAAAUUGACAACAGUCCGGUUUGGUAUAUUCCACACCAUGGAGUUUAUCAUCCACAAAAACCUGGAAAAAUACGUGUAGUAUUUGACUGUUCUGCCAAAUUUCAAGAAACAUCUCUCAAUGACCAUUUGCUCACUGGACCUGACCUGACAAAUACAUUGGUGGGUGUCCUGUGCAGAUUCAGAAAAGGACCCAUAGCGGUGAUGUGUGACAUCGAAAGGAUGUUUCAUCAGUUUCAUGUGAAAAGCGAAGACCAAGAUUACUUACGAUUUCUUUGGUGGGAGAAUGGCAAUUUGGAAACCACGCCAUCAGUUUACAGAAUGAAAGUCCACCUGUUUGGAGCGUCUUCAUCUCCAGGCUGUGCCAACUUUGGCCUGAAACAUCUGGCAACACAAGGGCAAGAUCAAUACAGCAAAGAUACAAUACGCUUCAUACAAAGAAAUUUUUAUGUAGAUGAUGGUCUGGCAAGUGUCCAAACUGAGGAGGAAGCCAUCCAGCUUGUUAAAGAAUCAAGAGAACUUUGUUAUACUGGCAAAUUAAAACUCCAUAAGUUUAUUUCCAAUAACAACAAUGUAAUGGCAUCCAUUCCAGAGGAGGGACGUGCCACAAACAAAGAUCAAGAUAUGGCCUUAAGCCAACCCCACAUGGAGAGAGCGCUUGGAGUAGAGUGGUGCAUCACAUGUGACUCAUUCAAGUUCAGAGUUCAAGUAAAGUCUAAUCCAUUAACAAGAAGAGGUGUGCUCUCUACUGUUGCCUCGAUAUACGAUCCAUUAGGAUUCAUGGCACCUUUCGUCCUUAUAGGGAAACAAAUACUCCAGCAGAUGUGCAGAGAGAAGAUCGGCUGGGAUGAGGAACUUCCAGAAAGUUUAAGACCUCAGUGGGAGUCCUGGAUCAGAGACCUACCCAAUCUAGCUGAGAUGGAAAUUAAAAGAUCCUACCUACCUUCAAGUUUUGGCAACAUCAAAGGAUAUGAGCUUCAUCAUUUCUCCGAUGCGAGUGUGUCUGGAUAUGGUGAGUGCACUUACCUGCGAGCUGUUAGUGAAUCUAAUAGUGUUCAUUGCUGUCUAGUAAUGGGAAAAGCAAGAGUUUCGCCAACAAAGGUUACAACAAUACCAAGACUGGAACUCUCUGCAGCAGUAGUUGCAGUCAAAACCAGUGAUAUGCUCCGUAAUGAACUGGAAAUACAAGAUCUCCAAGAAUAUUUUUGGACUGAUUCAACAGUCGUUCUUGGCUACAUAAAUAACGACGCCAAGAGAUUUCAAGUGUUUGUAGCUAACCGGAUACAAAGAAUCAAAUCAAGCACAAAGUCUGAACAAUGGGCUUAUGUUGCAUCUGAGGAUAACCCAGCAGACCAUGCCUCUCGAGGGUUAACUGCAAAGCAACUGAAGACUUCCAAUUGGUUCUCUGGACCAAAGUUUCUGUGGCAAAGGGAACUACCUGAAAGAAAGUGCAAGGUGGGAGAAGUUACGGAAGAUGAUCCUGAACUCCGCAAGGCUAUGGUGUUAACCACUAAGGCAAAGGAGGAAAGAUCAUUAGUGAACCGCUUUGAAAAGUUUUCUGAUUGGUCAAGGGUAGUACAAGCAGUUGCUAGGUUGAAACGACGAGUCAAGGAACAUGGAGGUGUGAAGCAAAGAACCAACGAAAGCACAAGUUUGGAAGAAAGGAAAAGGGCAGAGAUUGUGAUCAUUAAGUUAGUUCAAGAAGAAGCAUUCUCAGAUGAGAUAAAGAGCUUGAAAGCAAGGAAUAUGGUUGUCAAGUCCAAAUAUAGCUCACUAUUUAAGUUAAGUCCAAUUUUGGAUGAAGAAGGUAUCUUAAGAGUGGGAGGACGUCUAAGCCAAGCCUCGUUACACCCAAAUGUCAAGCAUCCAGCGAUACUUCCCAGAAACAGUCACAUAUCAUCCUUACUUAUCAAGCACUUUCAUGAAAAGGUUCAACACCAGGGACGUGGAAUGACAGUAAAUGAACUGCGAGCUAAUGGAUGGUGGAUUCUAGGAUGCAGCAGUGCAGUAUCGUCACACAUUUUCAAAUGUGUCAAGUGCCGAAAAUACAGAAGACGACCUGAAGAACAAAAAAUGGGUAACUUACCUCAAGACAGAAUGGAAACGACUCCACCAUUCACUUACACCGGCAUAGACUGUUUUGGUCCUAUCCAUGUCAAAGAAGGAAGAAAAGAUGUUAAAAGAUAUGGUCUCUUACUUACCUGUCUAUGUUCAAGAGCCAUACACAUAGAAAUGCUAGAUGAUAUGACAACUGAUGCAUUUAUCAAUUCCUUAAGAGCGUUUAUUGCCAUAAGAGGAAAUGUUCGACAGCUACGAAGCGAUCAAGGAACCAAUUUUAUUGGUGCAAGGAGAGAGUUUGCAGAACUCAUGAAAGAAAUGGAUGAAGAAAGAGUGAAGGCUCUAGGAUGUGAAUUUCUAAUGAAUCCUCCAGCGGCAAGUCAUAUGGGCGGCGUCUGGGAGAGACAAAUUAGAACUAUUAGGAGUGUUCUUACUGCAAUUCUCGACCAGUCAGCACAAAGACUUGACAGCUCCUCUUUAAGAACAUUCUUAUAUGAGGUAAUGGCAAUUGUCAACAGCAGACCACUUACCGCUGAACUUUUGAAUGACCCAUCUGCACCUGAACCUUUAACUCCAAACCAUAUUCUUACAAUGAAGUCCACUAUCAUACUUCCUCCACCUGGACAGUUUGUGAGAGAAGAUUUGUAUCUUCGAAAGAGGUGGCGUCGAGUUCAAUAUUUGGCCGAUGAGUUUUGGAUUCGAUGGAAAAAGGAAUAUUUGUUAAGUUUACAACAAAGACAAAAGUGGCAGAAAAAUAGAAGAAACCUGAAAGUCAAUGACCUUGUACUUUUACAAGAUGAUCACGCACCACGCAAUGAAUGGAAGCUGGCCAGAAUAACAGAAGUUUAUCCAGGGUCAGAUGAUAGGGUGAGAAAGGUCAAAUUGUUGGUUAGUGACACCUCAUUUGAUAAUAAAGGUAAAUCCACAACAAACACAGUGUUUCUUGAAAGACCUGUACAUAAACUUGUUACUUUGCUUGAAGCAGAAUAAUGUUUAAUAUUUAACUUGACUUUUUAUACUGAAUAGUUGAUAACAGGAAUUGUUUCAUUGAAUGUUUAAAGUGUUCAAUUGCAAUUGUUGUGUUUAGAGAAAUCCCACAUUAAGAUUGGUGUGAUUUGGUGGGAGUGUAACUGUCACUGUUAUUUAUUAUUUUUUGUGUUUUUGUUUGUAAUUUAUGUUGAUAUAUAUUUGGUAAGCCGGAUGAGACUUUUAUUUUGAAACCUCCGCUAAGCUGCUAAAUGCCAGUGAAACAAAGAACAAGCCAGAAGCAUGCAAGCAUGGCAUGCAUUGCUGAUGAGUUUAAGGUCACGCUUUAAGUGAUUUAAAGUGAACAGUUAAAGAAAUGUUGAAGAUAAGAAGGCAUCAAGAUAAUUUCCUUUCAUAGCAUGCAGCCAACGAGGUAAUUUUUCUGUCUGUAUUUUAUUGUUUAUCUGUGUUAUUUUACUGUUGUGUAUGUUAAGCUAACAUGGGAUUAUGUGUUUUAUUAGUUUUCACGGUUUGACUUGGAGAAGAUUUCAUUAAAACCAGUAAAAGGAAA